UCAUGGAUAUAAGGAGAGCAAAGAAGGAAACAAAUCCCAGGCUGCUCGAUCCCCAAUUCUCAUGACACAGAACUAGGCGGAGAGCACAAAGGCCGGCCAGCGCCACCUCCACGCACGCCGCCGCAGCGGCGUUCACCGGCGGCGAGAGGCGCUCCCGCCGCGCUCGUCCUCGUUCGAGGAUCCUCCAGGGAGCAGGGUGCCCGCCGCGACGCCGUUGCAGGCGCCGUUCGCGAGUCCAAGGGCGACCGGGCUCCAAGUCCCAGCGCGCGCGGCGCGGCUGCUCGACGGGUUGCUUGAUGCCGAGAAGCCGAAGGGCAUAAGGCGGCGGCGAGGCGGGAGUCGGGGAUGGCAGGCGCGGAGGCGCGAUGGCGUGGGGGCGCUGGGCCUCUGCCCCCGGUGAUGCAGCCGUGCGGCAGAUCACCGCUGGCACCAUCGGCCGCAACCAGCAUCUCCGCUGCCUUGUGCGGUCAUGCCAGCAGCGAGCGGCUCGAUGGAGAGUGCUGUGGAAAUCCCCAGGCCGAUGGUACUUUCUUUUCUCCUCCUUUACACACUCGGAUGAGAGCAAUUUGCUUGUAUGCAUAGGCGUACAGGAAAAAUAACAAUCAGAUUGUUGAUUGAUUAGAAAAAGACAAGAUCAAAAGGGUACUUGAUCGACUGAUUCCUCUUUGUACGCCUUCUUUCCAUUGACGGGGAGUUGCCGAUCGGAUUGCCAGGUUCAGCGCCAAGGGCGCCAUGGCCGUUGCCUGGAUCGGGGCUGCACGCCGGUAUGAGAUCUGGGUCGUCGGCAACCGCCGCCCAAUCCGUGAGGACGAGCGCUGUCGUUGUUCGUUGUUGCCGGAGAACGACUCCAUCACGCGUAGCAGCAGUUGCUCUCUCGGCAGAGCUGGUUAGAGCGUCGUGCUGAUAACGUGUUAAAAUAGAGACCGAGAGAGAAUCGAGAGAGACAACUAAUGAUUCUAGUGUUCUUUAUUAAUCAUGGAUGUACACUAAUGAUUCCAGUUUUGAAUAACCUUCUUUUUUCCUUUUUUCUUUUUAUUAGAAAGUUGCAACGGAGGCAUGUAGUAAUGACCGUGAUUUACAUAGGGAAGUGUUUGUGGCCGGUGCGCCGGCCGAACCGUUGCGCCGGUCGCGCCCCGUGCGUACGAUCUGUUUUUUAUCCAAGGACACCGUUGCGCCACGUGUUACAAGGUACAAGAUCUUUCUUUUUUGAGAAUAGUUAAGGUACAAGAUCCGUGUCAGGCUGCUGAUACUACACACACUUCGGCCGCCCUAUACGGACGCCAGCGGCCCGUGGGCCCAUCACUCGUUUCUACCUUAUCCUUUUUUUAAUCUUUCCAUCUCUCCGUCCACCCGUUCUUAGUCAGCUUAAUAUUUUCCCUCCUGGUCCUACUUCGGCAGCACACACCGCCCCCUUCGCCACACCGACACUUCUCUUCCUAAAUGAUUGAUCAAAUGCAGAGCCCAUCGCUUCUCUUCUCCCAGCUCAUCGGACAUCCUUCACCAGGAAGGCCAAUGGCUACAGCAAUGGCGAAGAUAGACUGCGACAAGGCGACAGUGGAUGUGUUGCCACCGCUGAAAACCUGUGUUGCGGGCGGAUAGUGGCAAUGAGCCUUGAUGUCGGGUAGGGACCCUAAGUUGCCCAAUCUUUCACACUUGGAGGGGGCCUAGCCAAACACUCAAGCACAAGAAGGAAAUUCACUCAAGACAAGAUCCAAAUCACACAUCCACUAAAUUUGCAAACAUGCAAGAUCCACAAGAUUACAAGGUCAAUAAGAGGAAAAGAGUGUCAAGGUAGUACUUCCCAAAUCCUAAGGAGAUGGGAGCUGGAUGAUCUCAAGAGAUCCUUCUCCCAUGGGAGGUGUUGGUGAUCCUAUGAUGUGGAUCCUUCUCCCUUAGGAGGGUUAUGAUAAUCUUGAGAGAUUCUUCUCCCUUAGGAGGGCUUGAUCCUCUAGGAUUCAAGGAGCAUUGUUUUCUCAAUUUAGUUCAAUAUAAUUUGCUAACCAUAGAAUGGAGGUAGGGGCGACUAUUUAUAGUACAAGUGCAUUUGUGGCGAAAGAGGGGGGAUUACAUGACCUCAAAGGGCCAAGAUACGCACAUGCAUGUCCAGAACGUCUGGGUAGCUACCUGGAUUGUCCGGGCAAUGGCCGGAUGAUCCGGGUAGGUACCUGGAUGGCCCGGGCCCGAUUCGAUUGUUUCAUGCUACUAUAUUAUUACUUUUAUAUACUUUUUAUAACAAAAGACUAACAUAUUAAUUCAGUGCCGAGUGCCAGUUAUUGUUUUGUGCAUGUUUUUGACUUUACAGAAAAUUAAUAUCUACGGAGCUCAAAAAACCUGGAUUUAAUACAAUUUUUUUCGAGUCACGAAGGUUCGAGAAAAGCACCGAAGGGAAUGAGAGGAGCUACAGGGGCCCCACACGUCCACCUGGCACGGCCAGGGCCUUGGCCGCACCCCUAGGUCGUGUCGGGCCCUGUCCACCGCCUUACGUCUAGUCUUCCACCUAUAAAUUCCAUAUUUUGUGAAGCCCUUCGCAAGAUUUUUCUCUGAAUUUUUUGCCAUCGCAAGCGUCUAUUCCGAGGAGAUUCAAUCUAGAGGCCUGUUCAGGUACUCUACAGGAGGGGGAUCCAUUACCGGUGUUGGUGUCUAAGAACCCGACAUUGCACUAUUGUAGGAACGCCUAGCAGUGGCAGGUGCAAAAAGGCCAUAAGUUGCGGGCCAGGCUCCUAGGGCCGCCGCCACCGACCUCCCACCACUGCUAACAUUUCAUCAGUGACGGGCGCCCGCCCGCCAGUGGUAGCCCAUCAGCAGUGGCGGGCGGCUUAGGCCGCCCGCCAAAGAAGUUUUGUGUAGCAAUGGCGGGCUCUCUCUACUGCUCGCCACUAUUAUUAAUCGAUGCAGAAUUGAUGCUAUUACAACAUAUUGCGCCUUGAUCAGAUCAUCAGAUUUCAUGGGAUGCAUAAAUUCUAGUUUUAACAUUGUUCCACAUACAUGCACCACAUUACAAUGAUGGUUGAUUAAUGAAAAGUAGUUAUGAAGAAAAUAUCACAUGUGCAUGAUAAUGAUAAACACACACACACGCGCGCACACACACACACACACACAUAUAUGUCGCUCAUCACACAUAAUUAAUGGUUUCACGAGUUGUUUAGGAGUGAAAAGAGUGUCAGACGAUGUUCAACACGUAGAGCGUUAGUAGAAGCUCGACAAUUGCAUGAAUAACUAUUGGACGGAAUGAAACGGGGACCAACGAGCCACUUGCUCUAGAGUCAGAGAUUUGGCCUCUUGAAAAGCCAAUUGAAUUACCACACCUGGCGUGGGUAUGGUGGCUGGACUCAGACCCGGGCAGAUCCUCAGCCUCUCAUCCGGGGUCGCCUUCGUCAGGAUGCACACCACAAGGUGACUGAACCGCCUCUCUGCUAUCUUCUCCAUUGCUCGGAGAGAACACUGGGCCAUUGGAACACUUCUGACUCAAGCUAACUAUCGUGGGAGUGAGUCUGAUAGUAAGAAUAGGGGGUACGUAGGAGGAGGCAAGGUCCUAACCACGGUGAGGUUGUACACACAAGUUUACGUGUUCAGGCCCCUCUUGGAGGAGCUAACAGCCCUACGUAUCGGUGCCUGGAGGCUUGUCGACUGGAUUAUGCGUGGAAGUUAUGGGGGUGCAAACCCUUGUGCCUGAGGAGGGGGCAACUUAUAUAGAGUGCGCCAGGCUCCUCACAGCCUUCCAUUACACAUGGUUCAAUGUGAGUUAAGGCAGGGGCAUUACUGGUAACGCCAGCUAUUAAUGAUCUUUAUGACUACGGAGUGAACGCCUGACCAUCGCCAUCCUGGGGUGGCUUUUGAUCUUCUGUACUCCGAGUGAUUCUUCGUAUGGUCGAGUGACGCUACUGUGGUCGAGUGGAAUUGAGGUGUCCGAGUAGAAUCUCCUGUUGAGUGGAUAGCACUUCAAGGUGAUUUCAGUCGGUGCCUUCUGUUGGACUUUGAAUGUCUUUGACUCUAGGGCAGUGUCCUUGGGUAGGGUGUCUAGGUCAUGCCUAAGACCCUACCCUAGGUAUGUGUCAUCGUCAUUAUCCCCCGAAUGGACUGAGGUCCGAGUGAAGAAGGGUUGAAGUUGGUUCCGACUCGAUUCCAUGCUUCGGAGGCAUUUCAUAGAGAUCUGGAAAGCACACUGGUACUUUAACCCUGCCUCGGUCGCCUUGAUCGAUUCUGGUUUCAGAGAUCGCCGAGUGAAUUAUGCAGUAAAUCUUCUAGUGAAUCAGAGUGUGAAAUCUUCGACGCAAUUGAAUGCUCUGCGGUCUCCAGAUCUCAUAGGAUUCUAAAUUUUGGAGAAUCACACAGGACGGGGCGCGACGUAGUAAAUGGAACGAGCAGAUAGGGACUCCUCGAUCUUCGUGCCACCUUUUUGGCCACAUAUCAAGCCAGCGCCUGUGACGGGAUGCGAUAAGAUUGCUCGGGCCCACGGGUUAGCCACUCGGAAGUAGCCCCAUAAAAAGCGUCGAGGCUGAUGCGCGACACUGUGCAUUCCAUUCGACCCCCCUCUCCGCUUCUCCACCUCGCUUCUCCCUGCUCUCCACGCCUCCGCUCGACCCUCUCGAGUCCGCCACCAUGGUGAAGGACAAGACCAUGGCCCUGAGCAUGCGAAGAAGGCGAUGACGAUGACGAAAGGCAAGAAGACGGUGAGGGGGUCAAUGUCGCGGUCUGGUCUGCCGCCUGGUUGGAUCCAGGGGGACUGGAUCCAUUCUACCGUUGUGAAGGAAGAUCUGUAGAACCUAGCCGCUGAUGGCCUGAUUGCCCAUUAGUCCUAGAGGUUGUCAGAGGGAGAAUCCGAGCCCCAUCCGCGAGAGGGUGAGUGCGUUCUUCUCACCACCCAUGUCGAGCGAGGUUUCUCUCUGCCCCCGCACCCAUUCUUUCAGGGCUUUUUGAAUUUCUUCGGCGCUUAGAUCCACCACUUUCCUCCCAACCCGAUCUCGUAUCUUGCCGCGUUCAUCUCAAUGUGCGAAAACUUCCUAGGGUGCCAGCCACACUAGGGUUUGUUCAAACACACAUUCACCUGUCGUUCUUAGCGGUGAAGAAAGCUAACCCGGAUGAUGAAAAGACGCAUGUGAUCUAGAUGUGUGGGGGUUAGGGAUCCAAAUGAGAGGUAGGAGUUCUUUUCCCCCCAUGACCUUUCCCGAGUCUGUCAGGGGAUGGCAGUCGACUUGGUUCUACUGCAAGGACAUUCCGACUCCUAGUUAGUCGACUGGCCUUCCCCCUUUAACUAUGGAGAGACUCCACACCCCUCAUUCACUAGUUGUAGUGCCGGAGGAGAAGGGGGAGUUGGGAAUGUUAGUCGACGCCGUCGUUGGAUUGGUUCAAGGUGGAGUGACGGGUAUGGAUCUGUUGGAGGUAUUCCUCAAUUGACGCAUCCAGCACUUGCAGGCCCGUGACCACCCUUUGUGGAUGUACUCGGGUCUAGAGGACACCUCUCGAACCCACCCGGAGGAGGUUGACGAGGAGAUGGUGGCUCAGUGGCUCAGGAGCAUUACCGGCAACAAGGAUAACCCCAGGGGGUCCAGGAGGAUUCUGCCAUUCGAUGUCAACAAUGCUCCUGAAGAGAUUUUCACCAAGAUGUACUCGAUGCCGAAUGGAGAGCAGUACCAAGAAGGAGUUGAGAGUGAUGGCGAGAGCGGUGAUUAUCAGUAUGUAGAUCACAGUGAAGAUGACAGUAAGGACUCGGGCAGCAGCGAAGAAGUCGAUUCACCUCCCCACUCGGAGCGUCGCUCCAAAUAGUCGCAAGACCCUGCAGGGGGACGUAGCAAAGCUGCUGCGUCGAGUGCAAAGAUUCCAAAACGCACUCGGACGUCGACUCCCGAGCCAUCAGAGAAGGCCGCGAAGCAGGCCAAAGUUGCGCUGCCCAAACCUCAGAUGGCCCUGCCUAGGAUCAAGGUGGCUGUGCCCGUGGCUUUAGUUGCUGCUACUUCUGCGACAUCCAUGGACAUCGAUGAGGAGCGUGGUGAUGCGGAAACCGCGGAUGCGGCCACCUCUCGGGCAGCACCAACAGAUAUUAUCCAGCUUCCUGACGAUGAUGAUGAUGAUGUGUCUUUGAAAAAUGCCGGGAGGAGAGGCAAAACUUUGAGCAAGAGGGUGCCUGGAGCUAGAACGCCUCGCUCGGCAUCUGAUCCUGUGGUCCAACAACUCAACGAUCUAGUACGGGCUUCAGUCUCUUUUGCCAAUCCUGUGUCGACUGACCAACCCUCAGUGUCGACUGCUCAAGCUCCAGAUUCAAUUGCGCAACUUCAGGCUUCUACUACACCGGCCACGUCACCUAUUCCAUCAUCUCUUCUAUUUGCUCCACAUCACGUCCCGGAGGACCAAGUAGGGGCUGCCAAGCAGGCCAUGAUUCAGGCAAGUCUGAUGAUGGACCGACUGAAGGUGGUGUGUGACACCAGCAAGGCCGCCUAUGAUGCCAACUCUGCUCUCCAAGCCAAUGUCCGAAAAUCUUAUGAGCUUGGGACUCAAUAUGCUGCUUUGUCACAGGAGAAAAUCCAACUUAAGCUCGACCUAGAUCUGGCCAAGGAGAACUUGAAGAAAGCACAAGAUGAAGUGGCAAGAGACAAAAUGAAGCAGGCUAUGGAGCAGAAGGACCUUGAUCUUGUGGCGGCGCAGAAGACGACGCGUGAUUAGAUUGAACUUGCCGACCAGAAGCUGGCUUCGGUCGGAAAGUUGGAAGAGGAGAACGCCAAGCUGAAAACCGCUGUUAACAAGGCGAAGAAAGAGGCCAUGCAACUGAAGGAGGAGAAGGUGGCUUUGACAGACAAAGUGGAUAUUCUCACUGAGAAGAUGGACGAGCUCGAAACUUAUCUGGGUGGUCUCGCCAAGAAGAUGUUCCUCAUGCUUGAUGAGUUUUGUCAGAAUUUCGAGGAGGAAAUUGGGUGGAUCAAGACAGGACUGGACCCCAUCAAUUGCCCCAUCAAGGAUGAAGCUGCCAUGAACAUGUUGCGACUGGAAUCUCGUCUUGCCAGUGUCUUGGACUACGUCGUCCGACUGAGAGUUGCAAUGUCUCGGAUCGAUGAGGAGCUCUGACCAGAGGAUGUGCUUCUGAAUGACCUCGAGUCACUGAUGACUCGACUCAACAACAUCCUUGACCGAGUGCAACCGUGGAAGAAGUCAGGUGCACGCUGCGGUGGUGAUGUGGCUCUAUCACUCAUCCGUGUUCAUUGCAAGGACGCUAAGGAAGAGAAGCUGAAGGCUCUUCAGGUGGCUAACACCAAGAAGCUUCAAUUUCAAUCUUUCAUGGAGACCUUCAUCGACGCGACCACUCGCACCAUGGACAGUAUCGACGUGGCACUUUCGUCAAGCCAACAAUUCCUCCUCCUACCGAGUGAAAAACUUGAUAACUUGACUUUAUUCGCCUCGGAAUGCCAAGUGAUUUUGUAAUCGUUAAACUCUUUCGGGCUUGAUGCCCGGGGACUUC